AUGAUCCAGACGGGUUUCAGUUUUUCAGUCCUUUUGAGGAGCCAGCAGAAAAUGACAAAUUCUAACUGCUCUGUUUACAAUGAGGCUGUGGAAAUCGCCAUGAACAUCCUACUAAUUUUGGAAUUUUUGCUGGGACUCACAAGCAAUGCUAUUGCUCUGUGGACGUUCUACUUCCGUUUGAAAAUUUGGAAGCCACACACUGUAUACUUGCUCAACCUGGUUAUCGCAGAUGUCUUGCUGAGCAUUUGCCUGCCGUUUCGACUGGUGCUUGCUCUCAGGUUUAGCACUAUAGAGAAAUGGGAUUAUAGAGAUCUACUCUGUUCGGUAAUAUUCUUCGCACUGUCUCUUUCCCAAGCUGUCUCCAUCGCAUUCCUCACUGCUGUGGCUCUGGAUCGCUAUUUCCGGGUGGUCCACCCUAACAAUAAAACCAGCUUUCUCACAGCCAGGAAUGCUAGAGUCAUUGCGUGCUUGGUUUGGCUUUUAGCCAUUGGAUUGACUGCUGAGAUCCUGGUUGCCCCUCGAUCCAAAAACUCUACUGAGUGCUGCAGUUUCACCCUACAAGGAGAGGCCAAUUUCUACAGCAUCUGGCACGUCAUCAUAUUCUUUUUGAAGUUUCUCGUUCCCUUUGGCCUCAUUUUGUUCUGCACAGUUGGCGUCAUCAGGAAGCUGAAGAAGAGCCCCCGUGAGCUGAGCAGUCAACCUAAGCUGCAGAAAGCCAUGUUGUUAGUGAUUGCAGUGGUGGUGGUGUUUGGAGUUUGCUUCCUGCCUAGCGUGUUGGGCAGAGUGCUUGUGUAUAUUCUCCAAAGCUUUGAAAGUUGUGCAGCAUUUCGUUUUUCUGUGAAUGUAUUUGAUGUUACUAUCUGCUGGACCUAUCUCAACAGUACUUUGGACCCCAUCGUGUACUGCUUCUCCAGCCCGACUUUUCGAAGUUCCUAUAGAAAGAUCUUUAAUUCUCUAAGGAUGAGAAGAAAUGAAGUGGAACCUCAGAGCUUGGACAUUUCCAAAGAUUCUGAAAGUUGAAGCCAUUGGAAAGAUUCUGAUAAUCUCUGAUGUAUAUGCCAGGUUGGAAAGGAAACUCCCCCCAUCCCUAUUACCAGAUCUUAUCCUACAAAUGAAGGGUCUGUCAGAACUCAGCUGUUCUAAAUCCUUUCAUUUCAUUGGGCUGGAAUUCUAGUUAAACAAGUCAAAAACCUAGAUGUAACAUUAGGUAAUGUAUAUCAGUGUAGCUCCAUUGACGUAAGUGGAGAUAUGCCAAUUUAUGUCAGCAGAGGAUCUGAUUCUAUUUCUUUUUACAAAAUCUGCAGUCUUAGGGCCCCGA